AUGGCAAAAAUUUAUAAAAAGGGAAAAGGAAAAAACAAUUUGAAUAAGAAACCAAGCGGAUUAAAGGUUAACUAUACAAAGAGAGAUAAAAAUAGCACAGAUAAAAAUGAUAAGAAAGGGAAUAAAAAAAUAAACAAAAAAAGUAAGCAGAUUGAUAAAAAAAGUUUAAUAGAAAAGAAAAAACAAAAAAAUGAAAAAAAAAACGUAAAAAAUGAAAAAAAAAACAUAAAAAAUAAAGAACAAGAUUGGGAUGAUAAAUGUAAGGAAAUUUUAAAUAAUGAAAAUUUGUCUAAAUCAAAAAAAAAAAAACUUAUAAAGGAAUAUAAAAAAAAACAAUUUGCAGAAAAUUAUGAUUAUUAUAAAAAGUUGAAAAUAAAUUUAAAUGAUUUAUUACGAGCAAAAGAUAAAUCAGAGAAAAAUAAACAAAUAAAUAUAAUAUGUAAUGAAUUAAAAAAAGUAGAACUACCCAAAUUUUGUCGUACAAAUCUAGGAUAUCAUAUUAUAUCUGCUUUAAUUAUAAAUAGUGAUGAAGAAUGUCAAAAUAAAUUAUGGAAGAGUAUAAGUACAAAUAUGAAUGAUAUUUGUGUAUUUAAUUUUGUAUCAUUAACAUUUCAAUGUUUUUAUAAACAUGCAAAAAAUGAUCAAAUACGAAGUAAUAUUUGUAUGUGGCUAAUAAAAAAUCCCAAAAAUUUUUUGACAAAAUUUGGUUCAAAAUUAUGGCAUAUAGUAUUUAAAAAAUUAAAAACAGACAUGAAAAUAAAAAUAAUUAAUUCUUUAAUAUUACCAAAUAUUAAUUCAUUAAAAAAUGUUUCCUUUGAACUUUUAAAGAAACCCACAAAGGAAAUGUUUGAAGCACUUAGUGAUGAAAAUAAAACAGCAAUAUGUAAUUAUCUCAUGGAAUAUAUUGAAAAUAUUGUAGAAAAGGAAUUAUUAUAUAAUAUAGUUACACACAACCUAAUAUUAUCUGCUGUCGAAAUUUUAUCAGAAGGAGAAGAGAGUGUCGUUAAUGACAGACUCACAAAAUUGAUGGAAUUAAUACAUGAAGGAUGUGAAUAUUUAAUAUCUACAAAUAUUGGAAAUAAAGCAUUAAUUUAUUUAUUAGGAUAUAGUACAAAUAAACAUAAAAAAAUUUUAAUAAAAAUUUUAAAAAAUCAUAUGAUAGAUUUAUGUAAAAAUAGUGUUAAUUUUUUAUUAAUAAUUAGGUUAUUAAAAAUAACAGAUGAUACUAAACUUUUAAAUGAAUUUAUUGUAAAAAAAAUUACAAAUUCUUUUGACGAUAUAUUUAAUGAUUAUUAUGGAUUUUAUGUAAUAUUAGAAUUUUUUUAUGACAUUAAUCAGUAUAAUGAAGAUAAGUAUUUUUUUGUAGAUUGGAAAAAUAUGAUAUAUAGCAAAAGUGUAAAAAGUAUAAAAGAUGGAUGUAAAAGAAAAAAUGAAAUUAUAUACCCAAUUAUUGAACAAUUAAAAAAUAUAUUUAAUGAAAAAGAUAAAUUAAAUACCUAUUUAAUUGAUAAAAAAUAUGUUAUAGUUAUUUUUGAAUAUAUACAAUUUACACAAGAUGAGCAAAUUAUAAAUAAUAUUUUGUCUAUUUUAGAAGAUAUUAUAUUAUUGCUUAAAAGUGAUGAGAAUAAUAAUGAAAAAUAUAAUUGUAAAAAUAUUAAUGAACUAUUUUCAAAACUUUAUACAUGUUCAAAAAAUCAAGAUAUAUUUAAAAAAGUAAUAAACCCAAAUAAUUCUUCUUCAAUGUUUUAUCAAUUAUUGUCUAAUUUUUUUAUUACAAAUAUAGAAAUUAUUCUAAAAUCAGAACUAAUUAAAACAUUUAAUAAUUUUAUUAUAUUUAUAAAAGAAAUAGAUAAUAAUAUAUAUCAACAAAUUUUAUCAACAGCAAAAAAUUUGAACAAUGAUACAAUUUACAACACACUAAAAGAGACAUUACCAAAUAUGACAUAUUUUGAUAAAUAUCUCGAGCUUAUCAACCAAUAA